AACGGCAGUAGUCCAGGCGGCGGCGGCGGCGGCUGGGGAUGGAGGUGUGUGGGGACCACUUGAUGAGGCAGAGUAGCUCUCCUGCUGGAUUCUUCUCGCAGCUCAUGGUCGACAGUGCAUCAGGUUAUGCAGCAACUAGAAGCAUUGGGCACUACUCUCACCCAGUAACUAACAAUAUCCACACAAUGCCACAUACGAGAUUAAAGUCUCAACUGAGCUUCUCUAGUCAAGAGCCACUCUCUCAAAUCUCUGAAAACAAUGAUGAGACUGAUGGCAAUGUUGCACACUCCUACGUCUCGAACAGUUUCUCAAUUGGUUCAUGGGAUGACACAAAUUCAAUUGCAUUUUCUUCUCCAUCAAACAAAAGAGCAAAGAAUAGCAGUGAAGAUUUCAUUAAAAGUCUCAGCCAUAUUGACUCACAGUUUAGCUUGCCAACAACGUCACUAGAGAUGGCUGCAGUAGAGAAUCUCUUCCAAGCUCAACAAGACUCGGUUGCUUUCAAAGUUAGAGCUAAGCGAGGAUGUGCAACUCAUCCCCGGAGCAUUGCAGAAAGGGAAAGGAGAACAAGAAUCAGUGAGAAGUUAAGAAAGCUUCAAGAACUUGUACCUAACAUGGACAAGCAAACAAGCACAGCAGACAUGUUGGAUUUGGCAGUUCAGCACAUAAAAGAGCUGCAGAGCCAGGUUCAGAAUCUUAAUCAGGAGCAAGCAAACUGCACAUGUGAAUGCAAGAAGGAACUUCCCUGAGAUAAAAACUUGCAUUUAUGUAAAGAAGAAUCUCCCAUUACUGAUAUUCAUGGAGAGGAAGGAAGGUAUCAGUUUUCAGUUGUCCUGAUCUUUCACGGUGCCUACACAAAAACAAGUAGCAGUUUUGUGAAUGCCGAUAUCUUAAUUAUUGAUAUCCAUUCAAAGAUUUCAUGAAACAUGGAGUCUCAUAUUCAUUCAAAGAUAUAUGAUGUUCUAAAGUCUUACCUCGUUUGAGAUCUUAUGUAAGAUGUGAUCAUUCAUUCUCGCUUCUCUAGUUUGCGAUGUAGAAAGCAUUAACUUUGUAAUAAAACGGGGAAUGUGGUAUUUUUACGAGGAUAUGAACCUGCAAUCAUAUGCUAAAUCUCAUUUUGCACAUUAAGAUCGGA